UUACUCUAAAAUCACGAAGCCAAAUACCAUACACCAGUGUGAUUUAAUCGAAAUACCAUAUGACAUGAAUACAGAUUCACUAGAUGGUAACCCAAUAUUUUACUAUGUAUUAUUAGUUAUAGAUUGUGUGACUAGAUAUAAAGAUUUUGUUUUUUUAAUGUCAAAAAGCAGUGAAGAAGUUGCAAAAGCAUUUAAGAGUAAAUAUGAUAAUCCUGACAACCCUCUUAAUUGGCCUCGACUAUUGCAAUAUGAUGAAGAUCGUGAGUUUAUAGGAAGCGUGACAUUGAUAAUAGAUGAACAUAAUGUUAAUAUCCGAAGAAUUAAGUAUGUGAUAGAGUUUCUUUUACCUACUAGUAAACGCUGUAGAGAAUGUAAAAGGUUUGCACGAAAGAUUGUUGACAAUAUGAAUGAUACUCCAACUCGACUAAUUGGAAUGAAUGGUUCUUAUUGGAAGGAAGCCGAAUGCAUGCAAGGUGCUUCUUAUAAAAGUUUCUAA